AGGGGUCACUUCGGGGGGCGGGCGAGCCAGACUCGGCGUACACGUGCAGAGACACAGAGGGCCUUGCCCCACCGACUCUCUCGCUCGCCGCCUCUUCCUCCCCGUGUCUCUCUAUCUCUCGCCUGCCCAGAGAAGCCAUGUCCGACGCCGCCGCCGCGAGUGAGGAAGGGCAGGUCACCUCCAAGAAGGGUCUGAAGAAGCAGCAGAAGGAAGCUGAGAAGGCGGCAAAGAAAGCUGAGAAGCAGGCUCAGGCGGCUGCAGGGCAACAAGGAAGUGAGGAAGAGGACUAUGCUAAGGAUCGCUAUGGAGUCCCGCCCAUGAUUCAAUCACAAGAAAGAGUGGAUCGCGUGCUGGUGCGUGUGGAGGAGUUGGCUGUGAAAAAUGCGGAUCAGAAGUUGUGGGUUCGAGCCCGUGUUCACACCAGCAGGAGCAAAGGCAAGCAGUGCUUCCUGGUGCUUCGCCAGCAACAGUUCAACGUGCAGGGCAUCGUUGCCGUUGGCCAGAACGUCAGCAAGCAGAUGGUGAAGUUUGCUGCAAGUAUAAACAAGGAGAGCAUUGUGGAUGUUGAGGGCUUUGUGAGGAAGGUCGACCAGAAGAUUGAGAGCUGCACCCAGCAGGAUGUAGAGCUGCACAUAGAGCAGAUUUUCGUUGUCAGCAUGUCGGAUCCAAAGCUGCCGCUGCAGCUGGAUGAUGCCACCAGGCCAGAGAAUGACAAAGAGGAGGAUGGAAGAGCAACUGUGAACCAGGACACAAGGCUGGACAACAGAAUUUUAGACUUGAGGACGACCACAAGCCAGGCUAUUUUCCGACUGCAAGCCGGAGUCUGCCAUCUCUUCCGGGAGACCCUCAUCAAUAAGGGUUUUGUUGAGAUUCAAACCCCGAAGAUUAUUUCAGCUGCCAGCGAAGGUGGUGCCAAUGUGUUCACCGUCACCUAUUUCAAAACGAACGCAUAUUUGGCUCAGUCGCCGCAGCUUUACAAACAAAUGUGCAUCUCCGGUGAUUUCGAGAAGGUGUUCUGCAUCGGUCCUGUUUUCCGUGCCGAAGACUCCAACACUCACCGCCACCUGACUGAGUUUGUGGGGCUGGAUAUUGAAAUGGCCUUUAACUACCACUACCACGAGGUGGUAGAGUCCAUUGGUGACACCUUGGUGCAGAUAUUCAAGGGUCUGCAAACAAGGUACCAGACGGAGAUCCAGACUGUUGGACGCCAGUAUCCAGCUGAGCCAUUCAAGUUCCUGGAGCCAUCUCUGCGUUUGGAGUUCCCCGAGGCGUUGGCCAUGCUCCGGGAGGCGGGUGUGGAAAUGGGAGAUGAAGAGGACCUCAGUACGCCGAACGAAAAACUCUUGGGACGACUGGUUAAACAAAAGUAUGACACAGACUUCUUCAUUCUGGACAAGUACCCGCUGGCUGUUAGGCCGUUCUACACCAUGCCUGAUCAUCGUGACCCCAAAACUUCAAACUCGUAUGACAUGUUCAUGCGUGGGGAGGAGAUCCUAUCUGGAGCUCAGCGAGUCCACGACCCGGAGCUUCUGACGGAGAGGGCCCGUCACCACGGCAUAGACCUGGAGAAAAUUAAAUCCUACAUUGACUCCUUCCGCUACGGCGCUCCCCCCCAUGCUGGAGGAGGCAUAGGUCUCGAGCGGGUCACCAUGCUCUACCUGGGCCUACAUAACGUUCGCCAGACCUCCAUGUUCCCACGUGACCCCAAGCGCCUGACUCCCUAACUGCAGCCGCCCACCGAGAGGAAUGCAGUGAAGCCACCAAGCCUUAAGCGGGGUUACAGCUUUGACGCUUUGUUUUUGACGUGCAUGGAAUACCUGCGGAAUGUUUAGAAAGCAUUCGCUGGAUUUUGAUCUUAGUGCUCCCCCAUCAGGGCUAUUUGCUUGUUACCUUGAUUAAUGGAUUUUCCAUGUCAUUCUUCACAGACUUUGUACUGGCAAUUUUUUUGCAAAAUGGUAAUUGUUAAAUAUGCAGUUUUCCAAAAAUAGUAACAAAAGGGAUUUAUUGGUCAAAAUGAUAUAAAUAAUCUGUGUGGAUAACGAAUCAAGACCUAAUGUUAGCAUUAACACGUGCUGAAUGAAUCAGCUUCAUGUGAAUGAAGGUGUAGUACACGCUGCUGUCGAGAAUAAUUUUCCCUGAUAAUACAAUACAAUUAUGUCCUUGUAUUAACCACAAACAUGAAAAUAUUGUUUACUUAUUCCUUCAAUUGUGAACAAAUUUUCAAAAAGUACAAAACCAACGAAAACUAGUAAUGAGCAAUGUAAUUUUUGAUAACUGCACAUUAAAAUUGUUGCCGUGAA